UUUUUUUCCUUUUUUUUUUUUUCCUUUUUUUCUUUCUUCGGUUUAUCAUCAACAAGGUCGGCGCACGUUUCAAACCCAACGGCCAUCUUGGCCUCACGCCACACGAUCCCCAUCUCGUCUUUGCCUGUCCAGUCGUCUGCCAGUCUUUGGUCGAAUUGCACACGUCUCUUUUAUUUCUUGGGCCCGGGCGUCACGAACCGCUGGACGCGUGUGGCACACACACCUGGCGGCGCCAUGACAAUUGCGUUCGAAACGUUCAAAGAUGCGCUAGACGAUUCGUUGGGACGUCCUUGAAAUUGGAAACGUUUCGUUCGGCGAAGGCGUUCGCUUUCGGUUGAUAUAAUUACUUUGACUUUUACUUCUGUCUGUGCGUGCGUGUGUGUGUGUGUGUGUCUGCGUGUUGCUGUUGUUGGAAGAAGAGCAAGUUGUGUGCGCGCCUCUUCUGUGUGGAUGGCGUUCAAUUUAGCCGCAACGAGCGCCAGUUUGACCGCCGCCGUCAGCGUAGCCGAGAGCAACAGGACCAAACUGAGUCAUGAAGAAUUCCUCAACGAGUGGAACUGGUGUUGGAUUGCUCAAGAUGUGGAAGCGGCAGCUGAACUCGGACGGACGCUACUGGAGCGCAACCGCCAACUGGAAUCAACUGUCCGGCAGCAGCAGGCCGUCAUCGACGACCAAACGCAAGAAAUGCAGUACUUGAGCAAGCAGAAUCGACUGUUACGCCAGGCCACCGAAUCGCGUCUGAGACUGUGCGAGCAGCUGGAAGCCUCGGUCGCCGAGUGCGAACGGGCCAAACUUCGUCUCCGUCAUCAGAUCGAAGCCGAACGACAGCGACAUAUUACUUUGAAGACGAACAUGGAGGCGGCCGAAGAGAGAGGAGACGAAUUGCAACGGCUGCUGGACGCGUCAAGGGCGGCUGAAUCUCAAUCGCGAUGCCAACUGCGAUUGCUGCAACAGCAGAGACAACAGCAACAACUGCUGCUCAUGGAAGAACAAGACGACGACGAUGCGGAGGAGUUGCCAUCGACGGCCAUCGCUUCCGCCUCCGUCCACCAGCAGAAUCCGUUCCACUCUCUCCAAUGUUCCACCAUGACCAACAACAGCCGCAAGGUUCAAAUGGAGGACACGAUGACCGUCUGCCGGCUGGUGGAUGAUCUGGCCGAAGUGGAGGAACGUCUCCAUUUGAUGGAAACCGACUGGAUGGAGGAGAAGAGAAAGCGGAUGCAAUUGGAGGCGGAAGUCAUUGGCUUGCAGCAGGAGAAUCAGCGACUCCAUCAACAGCAAUCCGUCAUGGCUAGUAGCGGCCAUCUUAGCAGCAGUGCAUCCAUCGGAUGUGAUCCGGCUUCGUUGGCUCCGGUCAGCCUGUCGCUCAGCGAAGAGCUUCUCAUUUCGUCCAGCACGGAUUUCAGCUCGGCUCAAUGGCGGGACGCGUGGGACAACAGCGGAUCCGUUUCGCUCGUCGGCUCCGGCAUGAUCCGCAAAUUGUGCAGCGAAGAUGAGGAGCUCUGCUCGGAUUCGUCUUCGUCCGGAUUCUCGGAAGACAAUCAGCGAUCGUCUGUCGCCAAAGCCACUCAAACCGAUCCGUUGAUGAUCGAUCUCCCAGCGAAAACAAUUGCAACGACAACGUCAUCCGCCGAUUGGGCGGAUAUCAGGAGUCUCUUCCGUGAAAUCUUUGCCGUCAUACAACAAAAUCUUUAAAUAUUAACAUUUCUGCAUUGGAAAUUAGGGGUACAGUAUCAAUAAAAAUUUAAUAGCAAAAGCAAAAUUGUUGUGUCGAAGAAAGAAAACAUUUUAAUAGUUUUUUAAAUUUAUUUUUGUGCCAUUUUUUCACAUUUGUCCAGUAAAUUGUAACGGUCCCAGUUUUCCAACAUUCCAGUGCCUUAUUUUUUGUUUUUUUUUCAUUUUCACUCCAAUUUAGUUUGAAAAUCCCCUUCUCUUUUUAUUUUCGUGCGCGUGUCUUUUUCAAGGACUUGGAGCCACUGUAACAAGCCCGACCAUUCGCCAAUUUCUUAUUAUUUUUAUUUUAGAUACUAAAUGUCCUUGUCUGUCUGCUGUGUUAGCGUACUUAUCGUUUUUUUUUUUCUUAUAACAUUUUCAAGUGAUUGUGUGUGUAACGGAACCUCUCUAUUCAUUACACAGAGUAUUGUACUGA